UUGUAUAUUGUGUAAUAUAGGCUCUUGUGAUUGUUUGCAUUCGUAAGAUUAAAAAAGAAGCGAGAGGAAAUAACUUUUCAGGCAUGACCCGUUCCCACUCGCUCCAAGGCUAAGCAUAAAAGAUCUGAGUAAUAUCGUCGUCACAGUGUGCACCUGUACCUGUCUGCGCAACAAGCUACCGGUGUUCCCCAUCAUUUCCCACCUUCACUCGCCCGCUUCAUUCUUCCAUCAGUUCGCUCGAUCGUACGCGUUCGGAUCGGUCGAUCAAAGGAACCUCUCGCGCCGGUAUCCAAGCACUUAUUAUUUUGUUUGAAACAAGUGGAAGAGGUGACGACUAUUGCUCCUAGUUUUUAUUCCGAUUCCAUCUAAUUUGUGCUUAUCCGAGGCACUGCACAGGAACAUACAUGAGUAUAACUAUUGCAGAGAUCUACAACGCCAUGAUUCUCUGAAGCGUUGUACAGGCUGAUUCUAACUGUUGGACCAAACUAAAACCAAAGAUGUGUUACGUGAUCAUCACCAUCCGCUCGCUCUUCUGGACACUCCUAAGUGUUUCUAUUGUCCUGGGUCACCUGGUGGCCUUGAUGACAUCACAGUGGCUUCUAGGAGAAGAGAGAACUAUCAGCAGUGCCAGCAACCUCUAUGGCACCGAGAACACCACCUCCCCUCAGGAAGUGGUCGGACCGGUAGAGACCUACACCCCUACCCUUGGAAUCUUCAUGAGGUGUGCAGAGAUAUUCCGUGCUAUGGCAGUGCAUAAGGGAGGAUCCAAGCUAAACGAAGUGGAAUGCACGUCGUAUAUCAAUAACUUCAUGGAUUUACCGAGCGGGUUCUGGAGAGCCAUGGUUAUAUUCUAUGCUGCAGGGUUCCUAAUACUUACAGUUGUUGGCUUCCUUUCCGUGUUUAGUCUCUGCUUCAGGAGCCUGUGCAAGAAAAGUCUCUUCACCGUCUGUGGCUUCAUUCAAGCAAUAGCAGGUAUGCUUUUCAUCGACACAUUGUGUUGAAAAGUUUUUGAAUUGUACAAAGUUG